AUGAAGUUCGCUGGCAUCGUUUCCCUGGGCCUUUUCAGCGCCGCCGCCGUCGCCAUGCCCGCCCUGUCCUCGCAGCCCGCCGUGAACCCUGCCGGCUGGGGUGCCACUAACAGCCAGCUGGCAGGGCCCGCCCCGACAGGCUGGAGCGGCAACUCCAACUCUGGCUCCGGCUCCGGCUCCAACAGCGGUGCCGGCAACGGACGCAACCAGGAGCUGCUGGAGCUGCAGUCCAAGAUCCAGGACGCCAUGAACCACUCCAACCAAGCCCAGGCUACCCAGUACCUGCAGCAGUGGCAGAGCUUGGCCGCCGGCGGUGCCCCCGCGGCUACCAGUGCUGCUGUGCCCGAUAGUGGCAGCGUUGCCUCUGGUGCUCCCGCUGCUUCUUGGGGUGGUGCCCCCGCUGUUACUGGCGCUCCCGCUGCUCUCAAGGGUACCUCCAACAACUUCGUGCCCUUCAAGCCGGCUACCACCGGUGCUGCUGGCUUCCGUCGUCACUAA